GAUGUUUUUCUACAUUAUAUUAUAUGUCUGGUGGAAAGGUCUUUAUAUUUGAAAAUGUAUAGUUUAUUAUUAUCUACGCGAAGAUUAAUGCCGCACAAGGAAAUUUUGAUUGCCGGCUCUGGCCUAAGGAGGCAGUCAAGAGGAAAAGCCUCAACUCCAAUGAACACAAUUGUGAUGUUUGUGCCGCAACAAGAGGCCUGGGUAGUGGAACGAAUGGGAAGGUUUCAUAGAAUUCUGGAUCCCGGACUAAAUAUUUUGGUUCCUGUCGCCGAUAAAAUCAAAUAUGUUCAAAGCUUAAAGGAAAUAGCGAUAGAUGUUCCCAAACAAAGUGCCAUUACAUCCGAUAAUGUGACUCUAAGCAUUGAUGGAGUGCUUUACUUACGUAUUAUUGAUCCCUAUAGAGCUUCUUAUGGUGUGGAGGACCCGGAAUUUGCAAUAACUCAACUCGCACAAACAACAAUGAGAUCUGAACUAGGAAAAAUGUCAUUAGACAAAGUGUUCAGGGAAAGGGAAUCCUUGAAUGUCAGCAUUGUUGAUUCAAUAAAUAAAGCCAGUGAAGCUUGGGGUAUUGCCUGCUUGCGCUACGAAAUACGAGAUAUUAGGUUGCCGACCAGAGUCCAUGAAGCAAUGCAGAUGCAAGUUGAAGCGGAAAGAAGAAAAAGAGCAGCCAUUCUAGAAUCGGAGGGAGUUCGUGAAGCUGAAAUUAAUAUUGCUGAGGGAAAGAGAAAAUCACGAAUUCUUGCGUCAGAGGCUGAACGACAAGAACACAUCAACAAAGCUAGCGGGGAGGCAGCUGCCAUGAUCGCAGUUGCCGAUGCCAGAGCUCGAAGUCUGCAAGCCUUAUCAAAAUCUCUGUCUCAUACAGAGGGGAGGAACGCUGCAUCUUUAACGUUGGCCGAGCAAUAUAUUGAAGCUUUUAAAAAGUUAGCAAAAUCAAACAAUACAAUGAUAUUGCCAUCAAAUCCCGGAGAUGUAACUGGGCUUGUUGCGCAAGCCUUGGCUGUUUACAAUAAUGUUUCUAAUCAAAGCUUCGAAUUGGCACCGCAAGCCAAUGAAAACAGCUUAAAGAAGAAUGUGGAAUAUAAUUCCUUCAAUGAAGAAAAAAAUAGUGUUAAAGUUAACAUUGAAUAAAAUAAAAUUUAGAAA